UCAAAAAUGGGGUCGCAUGUUUCGGUGCGGCGAAGAUGCCGGACGGUGCAAGGACGGCAUCUGGCAGUAAAGGAACGGGAGUCUCUGCAGAAUGGAUCUGCAAUUGUCUGCUAAGCAUCUCUCCACCGUCGAGAAACCCUGUUGAGGAUUAUCAAGCAGGCCUCGGAAGCUGGACUACAAGAGGAGCUUGAGGAUCGAAGUGGGAAUGAAGCUGGUGGAACUUCGUCAAGACUGUACAUAUCGAACGACUUUUGGAAGAGCUUGGAGCUUGGACGAUGAUAAUCGAGUGAUUGGACGACAUCGAAAACAAACAGACUCGAGACAAGCACCAUGACAGAAGCAAGCGAGAAAACGGAAGAUGGAAAUCGACUAUCUGGAGAGGGGCUAUCGCCAUCAGAGGAAUCCUACCACGACCUCCCACCCUCUAAAGAAUUCGAACCCAUUGCUGGACCAGGCGAAGGUACUCCUAGCAGACCAAAUGCUCUGGGAAGGUACCGAACUGGAGCAUCUUCGAUGUCAGGUGUUAGUAGGACGAGAACGCACAACGGAUAUGGAUGCGAUGAUAAUGAGGACUCGGGGCAGGACGUGGAGGGAGGAGUGCCAGACAAGGACCCAUUCGACGUAGUCUGGGAAGGAGGUGAUUUGGAUCCUCUGAAUCCUAGGAGUAUGACCACUGCGAGGAAAUGGCUGGUGGUAAUAAUUGUUAGCGCAAGCUCGCUGUGUGUAACUUGUACAUCUUCGAUAUAUACUUCCACGUAUGGACAGAUAACCAAGGAGUUCCAUUGUUCGAAACUUGUUGCAACUUUAGGAUUGUCGCUUUUCAUUAUGGGUUUAGGCAUAGGACCUAUGUUGUUAGGACCUCUUUCUGAGUUCUAUGGACGCCGUCCUGUAUACUUGGUAUCAUUCAGUAUGUUCAUCAUCUGGAUCAUUCCAUCUGCUGUUGCCAAGAACAUCCAAACGAUGCUCAUAGGUCGAUUCUUUGAUGGACUUUCAGGGAGCGCAUUUCUCUCUGUUGCUGGAGGGACAGUUGGCGAUAUGUUCAAUCGAGAGCAGCUUCAACUCCCCAUGUUGAUCUAUACAGCCUCACCAUUCGUAGGCCCGUCACUUGGUCCACUGAUCGGAGGCUUCAUCAACCAAUAUACGACCUGGAGAUGGACAUUCUAUGUCCUGCUGAUCUGGGCAGGUGUUGACCUGGCUAUGAUCAUGCUGUUCGUUCCAGAGACCUACCAUCCUAUUCUCCUACGGAAUAAGGCUCGGAAGCUUCGAAAGGAGACUGGUGAUGAGAGAUGGAAAUCAACGAUGGAUAGGAACACCAAGUCGAUCCCAAAGACCAUCGGACUUUCGCUUCAGCGACCAUUCCAACUUCUUUUUCUAGAACCGAUGGUACUAAAUCUAUGCCUAUUCUCUGCAAUUCUUCUGGGGAUUUUGUAUCUGUUCUUCGGGGCGUUCCCUAUCGUUUUCGUUGGCAAUCAUGGAUUCUCUCUCUGGCAAACUGGAAUGUCAUUCAUGGGAAUCUUUGUCGGCAUGGUCCUCGGUGCAGCAACAGAUCCCAUUUGGCACAAGAACUACGCUCGCCUGAUCCGACAACGCGAAGAGAGAACAGGAGAAGUUGGCGGCAGCGAGCCGGAGUACCGCCUUCCGCCCUCCAUUUGCGGCGCUAUCCUGGUGCCAAUUGGGCUUUUCAUGUUCGCAUGGACGACUUACUCGUCUGUGCACUGGAUCGUACCUAUCAUCGGGUCAACUAUUUUCGGCAUGGGGACCCUCCUUGUCUUCUCCGGCAUCUUCACCUUCCUCGUCGAUGCGUAUCCACUCUACGCUGCCAGCUCCCUUGCUGCGAAUAGCUUUGCGCGGAGCAGUUUUGGAGCUGCCUUCCCACUCUUCGGCGUACAGAUGUAUCAUACGCUAGGCGAUCAUUGGGCUACCUCGCUCUUGGCUUUCCUUACCGUAGCCAUGGCGCCGUUCCCGUACUUAUUCUUCGUAUACGGCAAGCGGAUAAGAGGAACGAGUCGAUUCGCUACCGCUUGAGCCCUUACUGUAUGACAUCUCUCAUCUUAUACGACACCCGAUUUUAGAUUUGGCGGUGGUGUUGGCGGUCGUAUUGUAUUUGUACUUUAUCUGUUUGGAUGGAUGUAUGAACGUAUCUAUUGGAGAUAAGUGGCAUUUCUAUUAUUGAAUGGGAGUGUAGAUGGCGAGCUGAGGGUAUGAUCUCCGUUUGUGAGGUGGUGGAGAUAUCAAUAUUCGUUUUAUUUUAUUUGACAUACACAUGCAUAGCGUGGGAAACAGGGAAAUCAUUUAGCCCCAUGUUAGAAACAGAAAGGAGAAGUGGACGGAAUACAAUAAUGAUGAGCAAAAUUACAUCAAAUCACCUCCCAGCCAGCAGUCACAUCUUCAUUCCCUUCUUACCGAACUUCAGCUUCAGCCUCACCUCUCGCAGCUGUCUACGAGAUCCAUCAAUCACGUUGUGCAGAUUCAUCUUACCUUACCAAGAGUAGGUAGUGAUGAAGCAACCUCACACACCUAGCCAAAUCGUUUCAGACGCUGAUCAGCAACACAUACACAUGCACAUCCUCACCCUCAGACUCACACAUGCACGCAUCAUCCUUCACCACCAUACCAUGCCUUACAGCCACCUCACCACAUACAUACCCAAGAGAAACUCAUCACGACUGCUGAUCAUCGACCCUAUCAUCUGACAGACCCGACUCUUGGCUUCGGAUGAGACAGUUGCGCUACGUCGUGCUGUGCGCUGCUCGCUGUGAUACUGUCAUACAAGAGAGGGAGAGAGAGAGUACGUACAGGACUCCGUAUACAGGACGACAGGAUUAGCAUGCGGUGGAACAUAGUGAGUGGUGUACAGGGGUCGGGGUUCAUGGUUCUUGGGACUGGGAGUGGGAAAUUCCAGCGUGGUGUUCGAGGUGUCUCGAGACGAGUUAGUGGUGUCGAGUCGUGGUGUACAGUCAGUACGAGAGGGUAAGCUGAUCGCCAAUAACGUUCAUUGGGGCUUUGGCGAUGUGAUAGCCCCUAUCUGUUCGCAGCAAUUUGUGAGGAGACUUGCAAAGUCUGCUUACGGUUUAACUCUGGAUGCCUUCUCUUGGGGAAAGUGGAGGUAGCUAGCAAAGUAGACCAAAGCCUUUGAGUUGAGGUUGAUGAGAUGGGAAUGCAUGUAGUAGUUGAUCCAAUGUUCCUUUGAGGUUAUCAUGGCGGGGUAAAUCGAGCCUUGGAAAGGUAGUAUCGCGUUGACGGAUUGGGAUUACCACCUUCCUGUUUGGCCGGAUUUCCAACAUUGUUGGUCCAUAUCUGGAAACGCGCAAUCCAAUUUGGCACGAGUUGGAACUCCUCGUUUUUGAGAUAAGAU